AUGGUGAUUCGAGGCCCGUUGUUCGACCCGGAUUUCCAAACGCCUCUAAUUUUAGGCGAGUCGUUGGAUUUCUCGGAUUCUGAAGAGUCACAGUUUGUCGGUGCGUUUUCAGACGGCCUGUGGGCCAAGUCUGAGCCGAUCCUGUCUAUGUCUAGUUUCCAGAAGCCCGCUGCCGGCUCCGUACUCGACUACGCCUCCACUCGCUCUUUGCAGGAUGCUGGUUCGUACUCGACAUACGGCCAAUCCCCUUACGUGACUACUUCUCUCGUCCCCUCUCCCAUGGCCGACCAGGCCAGCCAGAUCUCGGACUGUGUCCCAUAUAUGCCCAACAACGAGUAUGCUAGCUCGUACGAAGAGGCCCAGUCGCCCAUGAUGGGUACCCGACCCCGCCAAGUCCCGGAGAUCGUCACAUAUAGCCCUCAGCGUGGAUGUGAGGGUACUCGGGUAGUGGUGCAGAUCCAGUCCCCUUUCGAUCUCCACAGCUCGUCCUACGGCGCCUUGUAUAUUGUCUUUGGAAGCAAGAAGUGCGAGUGCAACCCCCACUUCAUCGGUUUCCAAGGCACCAACUUCCAAUACUGCCUCUCGGCUGAUUCCCCGUCAUUCAUCUCAACUGGCUCGCCCUCCGUGGCGGUCCCCCUCCAGGUUGUCCUGGAGACUCAGAGUGACUGCCAGCCUACUACCUUGCAGGUUGGUGUAUAUACAUACGAACAGGUGUCGCAGCCCUCGCCCGAUGCCGAGUCGCGCAAGAGAAAGUUCUCUUCGUACUCGGACAAUGUUAUGGCUGGUUCUGUGCCGGCCAAGCGGCCCACUCCCACGCAGGUGGUGCCCAAGAUUGAGCAGCAUGACAACUAUACCUACCGUGACAACCGCUCGGCUUCUUUCUCGCCCUAUCUGCAGACUCUGCCCGCCAUGACAGGAUUCAGCACCCCAUUCCACGCUGCCUCUUCUCCCCGUGUUGGCCCUAUCCAGUUCUCCAGCGGCUCGGCCACUUCUCAACCUGCGCUGCGUGCUCCAUCUCCUCUAACCCCAGCCUGGAGCCCGUCUUAUAUGCCUGGACCUAACGAAAUGCGGAGUCAAAGCCUCGCCAUGGUUCACUCCAUGUCCCAGCACCGGGGUCCCUCGCCAGCGCGCGCUCCCAACUCUGCCAAUCCCAUGUUGAUCCGCACAUCCACUUUGCAGCAGGCCAGCGGCCUUGGUCAGAACUCGACUUUCAACCCGUACGCUAUGUACCCGACCAAGGCUGUCUUGAAGCUGAACGGUGACCUGAACUCCAUGGCCGCCGGCUGGAGUGCAGAGGAGCGUGAGUCCCAGCGCCGUCUGGUGCAGUUCACUCGCUCUCAAACUGGUAGCACUAUCAAUGCCGAGUUCAAGCCUGUGACUCUCGAGGAGCGUGCUCCCAACAGCAUUUGCAUUAGCUGCAUUCACUGGGAAGGCAAGGAUGAGUGCUUCGUCACCAGCGUUGACACUAUCUAUCUCCUCGAGUCAUUGGUCUCUGUCCGCUUUACUGUUGAGGAGAAGAACCGCAUUCGCCGAAACCUGGAGGGCUUCCGCCCACUUACCGUCUCCAAGGCUAAGGCCGACAGCGAGGAAUUCUUCAAGGUCAUCAUGGGAUUCCCUGCACCCAAGCCACGUAACAUUGAGAAGGACGUCAAGGUAUUCCCCUGGAGCAUCCUUGCCGAGGCUCUGCGGAAGAUCAUUGGGAAAUACUCUGCUAGCUACUCAUCCACCGCAGGCGUUCUGCCUACACCGAUGACAAACUACGCCAGCCACGGAACUGGUUCUGAUUCUGGCACCGAGCCUCACGGCGCUGGUUCCCCCCAGUCGCCCCCUGACUCUGCCCCUGCUAGCACCUACGGCCACCACCACGCCUUGCCUGCCCCGGUCUACGUCUCGCAUCCAGAUAUGUCCGCUGCUCCCGAUAUGCGCUCGGUGAUGCCUCCUAUCAGCCAGCCAUACUCUUCCGUCGGGGGAUACUCAUAUCCUGCCAUCUGCCAGCCUCAACAUUCCCACAGCCUGGUCGCUCCGACCCCGCGGACCACCUGGGAGAUGCAACAUCUCGGCACUCCGACUCCCUCGACUAGUGCAGCCUAUGGCUAUAUGGACCCGGUGUAUCCGAUCCACGAUGGAGCGCAGGGUCACUGA